CUGACCAGGGACAUGGGCUCGGGGUUGGUUUUCCUGGGUUAGAAGGGGUUUCUGAGAUUUGUCUGAACACAGGCCUCUAUGUGGCUGUUACCCAGUAUGCUUUCCCUUGCAGAUACCUCAGGAUGAGUGUGCAGAAUCCGUCACCUCUGUAUGAGCUGGCCAAGCAGAGCCUGCUGAAGAGUGCGACCAUAGCCAGCGCUGCUCUGCAUGAUCUGCCCAUCCUGAUCUUCCAUGACUUAUUCAUGGACGCCUUCAUGGGGGAACACAAUGAGGUCCUGAAGAUGAUGGUGCAGACCUGGCCAUUCCCCUAUCUACCUUUGAGGACCCUAAUGGAAUUGAGAAAACACAAGAUGCCGCGCACUCAGUCUGGAGAAAUCACACUGCAACAGAGAGACCUACAGACAUUACAAGCCAUACUGGAUGGAAUUGAUAUACAGCUGUCCCAGAAGACUCCGCACAGGAGGUUGAAACUACAAGUGCUGGAUAUGCGGGUCAUGCACCAGAACUUCUGGAGAACCUGGGCUGAAAACAAGUUGCAAGUCAGCUCCUCAGAAGCCAUGGACAGGAGAAAAACAGAGACAAGUGUGGCAAGGGUAGCAAAAUCACAGCCCCUCAAGGUGAUUGUAGAUCUGUGCGUCAGCCAUGCAUGGCUGCCUCCAGUGCAAUCCUACCUCCUCAAGUGGGUCCAGGAGAGGGCAGACCGGGUGCAGCUGGAAUGUAAGAAGCUGUGUAUUGCAGGCCUCUGCACGGAGUGGGUCACAGAAUUCCUGGCAAUGCUGCACCUUGAUUCUGUGCGGGAAGUGAAUGUCAGUCACUGCAGGACAUUCUUUGAAUUUGCUCAGUUUGCCCCUUUUCUGGGACAGAUGAAUAAUCUUCACAAACUAAUUCUCUCUGAUAUCUCUGGGCCUUCCAUCACCUCCCCAGAGAAGAGAGAGCAGUUGUUCACCAUAAUCACCUCUCAGUUUCUUAAGCUUCACUGUCUGCGAGAGAUUUAUAUGUACUCUGUCCACUUCCUGGAAGGCCACUUGGACCAGUUGCUCAGCAGUCACCACGAGGAGGCUGUGCCCCAGCGUGGGCUGGUGACCAGAUGGGAAGUGCAGGAGUCUGAAGCUGAUGUCAAGGGACAGAUGCGUAGGACAGGGAACAAAGAUACAAAUUCAGCUGUCCACCUUUUUGAGAACCGCAGUAGCAGUGCCCAGAUCUUUCCCGAUUUUUCAUUCCUGCCUGCCUCCUGCUGCCCUCAGCGGGAAAGAGCUGUGGUUUUCUGCUUGGGAGUGAGGAGAGGGGACUGUAGAGAUUCAAGACUCAGAUACGAAAGCAAGAGAUGGUAA